AUGCUGCACCGGGGGGCGAGGAGGGUCAGAUCGAACCUCUACCAGACCCACCGUGGCAUAUCGUGCGGCCGCUCACCUUCCGCGAUCCGUGCCAACUCGUCGAAGGUGCACGUGGCUGUCGAUGGUGAUAAGUCCUACCGCACCGCGGAUGAGUUGAUUGAGGCCGCCUCUUUGGACAAUGAGCAGAAGGCUCCAGCAUCUGUGACCAAGAACAGCGUCAUCGGCGGCACCGUGAAGAUAAGGGAGUUCAGCUCGGAGGAAAUUCCUGCAGAUGGCCAGUGGCCACUUCUCGUCAAAGUGAAACGGCGCCACAAAGGCGACAAUACGGACGACGCGAAGUUCAAGCAGCUGGAGCAGCUGUGCGAAGAGCUCCGCGAGAGGCUCUUUCAGGAGGUUCAGAAAACACUCUUUGUUUGGCUGGAAGAGUAUCGGGACUACUGGGCACCCGGCAGCUUGCAGUCUGAGUCGUAG